AUGAAUAUGCAAUAUUACGACCAAAUUUAUUUCAAAUGUUUGGCCAUCGUUCACCAAAAUGAAGGGGAAUUUUCUUUUUGGUCGAACGAAACAUCGGCCUCAUAUUUCUUGCAUUAUUCUCACUACAGUUGCUAUGCAGUUGGUGAAUUCGAAAUACCAACAGCCGACAACGCUGUAUCUCGUGAUAAUGAAAUUACACUACAUCUUUCUAAAGAAGACCUAAAGAAAUAUGACGCUACUUCAAAGAGGAGACCAGCUACGGGGUUUAUCUUAUUUCGCCGACAGAUAAGCCGCAUUUUCCGAAGCUGGAGUUUAUCUUUUAGCUGGGAACGAGUUAGUUAUAUCUCAGCGUGCAUAUGGGAUAUGCUGGUAGCAGGCAAGGACGAACUAAUCAACAUCAUAAAACGCGUUUAUGACAUGGCCUUGUGGACCCAUAAUACCAGUAUGCCAUUUGCUUUGUACGAUCCUAACGCCAGAAAGGAGAAGAAAAGACAAAGAGGACCCAAAACUAAUAACGCGAAAAGGAAACGUGCACCGGCACUCCGUCCUUCUCAUGUUCCAAAUUCUAACGAGCAACUAGUUUACAAUAACGUUCCUAUUCCGUGGAAUUUGAUCGAGGUGCCGCCUACCUUUUUCUCCGGAUAA